UUUGGGGGUCUCCCCAUCCCUGAGGUUUUGAGGUCCCCUCAUCCCAUCCCUGAGGCUUUGGGGUCCCUUCAUCCCAUUUCUGGGGUUUGGGGGCCCUCCUAUCCCUUCCCUGGGGUUUUGGGGUCUCCCUGUCCCUGAGGUUUUGGGGUCCCCUCAUCCCAUCCCUGGGCUUUGGGAUCCCUCCCAUCCUGUCCCUGAGGGUUUGGCCCCAUCCCGCCCCUGGGGUUUUGGGGUCUCCUCAUCCCUUUGGUUUUGGGUCCCCCUCAUUCCUUCCCUGGGGUUUUGGGGUCCUCUUAUCCCAUCCCUGGCAUUUUGGGGUCUCCCUGUCCCUGACAUUUUGGGGUCCCCCCAUCCCAUCCCUGGGAGUUUGUCUGCCCCCCCCCCCAUCCCAUCCCUGAGGUUUUGGAUUCCCCUCAUCCCAUCCCUGGGGUUUUGGGGCACCCCAAUCGCAUCCCUGGGGUUUUGGGGUCCCCCCAUCCCACCCCUGGGGUUUUGGGGCGCCCCUGACCCCCUCUGCCUCCCGCAGGCCCCGCCAUGGCACCGCGCCGCCCCGCCAGCGCCCAGGGCGCCUCGUCCAGCCCGGCCGCGGGAUCCGCUGUGGGGCAGAGCAGCUCCGCCCCGGCCACCGACACCCCGGACUUCGGCAGCGACGACUCCGGCAGCGACUUCGAGGAGACGCUACGGCUGCGCGGCAAGAGGGGGUCUCGCCGGGGUGCUGCCCUCCCGGUAUGUCGUGCACCCCGUUUUCCACAGGGUCACCCCCAGUUCUGGGGCUGCUCCGGAGUGCGGUGUCCCCUCUCCCGGCAGGUCCCGAAACGUCCCCGGAGCAGCGAUCCUGGCGGGGAUGGGAGCGGCACGGAGCAAAGCGGCCUCUUCGAGGCUGUCCGGUCAGCCAAGGUCGCCAUGGAGGCCGUGGUGGACGAUUGGCUGGAGACGUACAAGCAGGACCGGGAGGAGGGAUUCCUGGAACUCGCCAACUUCAUCGUGCGCUCCUGCGGCUGCAGAGGCACCGUGACUCCGGAGAUGUUCCGGAACCUGCAGAACUCGGAGAUCAUCCAGCAGCUGACGGAGAAGUUUGAGGAGGAUUCGGCCGAUUAUCCGCUCUCGCUGAGCACUCAGCCCUGGCGCCGCUUCCGCGCCAGCUUCUGCGAGCUGCUGGCGGUGCUGGUGCGGCGUUGCCAGUACAGCGUCGUCUACGAUGAGUUCUUGAUGGAUUCGCUCAUCUCGCUGCUCAUCGGCCUCUCCGACUCCCAAGUGCGAGCGUUCCGUCACACCAGCACCUUGGCAGCCAUGAAGCUGAUGACGGCGUUGGUCAACGUGGCGUUGGCCGUGAAGCUGCACCAGGAGAACAACCAGCGGCAGUUCGAGGCCGAGAGGAGCAAGGAGCCCGGCCGCCGCGCCACCGACAAGCUGGAAGCGCUGCUGGAGAAGCGCCGCGAGCUCCAGGAGCAGCAGGAGGAGAUGGAGAACAUGAUGAACGGCAUCUUCAAGGGCGUCUUCGUGCACCGCUACAGAGACGUCGUCCCGGAGAUCCGCGCCAUCUGCAUGGAGGAGUUGGGGACGUGGAUGAGGAGCUACGCGGCCUCGUUCCUCACCGACAGCUAUCUCAAAUACCUCGGGUGGAGCCUCUACGACAAGCAGCGGGAGGUGCGCAUGCAGUGCGUGAAGGCGCUGCAGGGCCUGUACGGGAGUCGCGACAUGGCCGCGCACUUGGAGCUCUUCACCAGCCGCUUCAAGCCGCGCAUGGUGGCCAUGGUGCUCGACAAGGACACCGACGUGGCCGUGCAGGUGGUGAAGCUGCUGACGCUGAUGCUGGAGAACAUGGAGGAGGCGCUGACGGAGGACGACUGCCGCAGCGUUUACCCCGCUGGUCUACGUCUCCAGCCGCUCGCGCUCGCCUCCGCUGCCGGACUUUUCCUCUACCGCAGCCUCGAUUUCCUCCCCGCUCGCCGUGGGGAGCGCCUGGCGCGCGGCCAACCCUCCCCAUCCCGAUCCAAUCCACGUAAUGGGAGCGAGCCACGCCGUAACCGCAUCCUUAACGGGAACGUGGCCCGGGGCGGCGCGAGACCGGCACGCGCUGGCUCCGCUGCUACGAGCCUCGUCCGCGUGUCCCGCUCGGACGCGGCGGCGGUGUCCGGCGGCGCCGUGUUUAUCUCGGCGCGGGCCUUGGCGGCUCCUGGCGGAGAGGCCGUGUUUGGGCUCGGUCCCGGCUGCGUCGUCGGCACAGCUGCGGCUGCCGUCAGCGCGGAUCCUCCCCGUCCCUCGGGGGAGCGGCUGCCGCCCCUCUGUCCCCCGCGGAUUCCGCUCCUGGCACGUCCCCCGGCUCCGUUCCCGCAACACGGAGGGUCUUUUGGGGGGACACGGGGACACCCCCGCAGGCUGCUGGAUCCCCGGCGAGGGGCGGAUGCGGAGGCGUCAGCGUCGCGCGAUGGUGACAACCGAGUCUUCUUCCGUCUACUUCUGAACUUCUUCAUUGAGAGUGAGCUGCACGAGCACGCGGUGUACCUGGUGGACAGUCUGUGGGAGUGCGCCGGAGCGCGGCUGCGCGACUGGGACACCGUCGGAGCGCUCCUGCUGCGGGGGGGCGCCCCCGGACGGGUUGCAUCCUGCCCGCUGGAAGCCGAGGAGUGGGAGGCACUGGGAUCGACUGGGACGCACUGGGAUCUGUGGGAGGGUUACGGGGGGGGCUCUGGGCCGCCCCCCAUUAUUUCCGCCCCCCCCCCAGGGCUGUCGGACGCGCAGGAGAAGGCGCUGGUGGACAUCCUGGCGGCGAGCGUGGCGCGGGCGGCCGAGGGGCGGCUGCCGGUGGGCCGCGGCCCCGCCACCAAGCUCUCGGCGCGGGAGCGCAAAGCGCAGGCGGAGGAGCGGUCGCGGCUCAGCCAUUGCCUCAUCCCGGUGCUGCCGCAGCUCCUGCUUAAGUUCUCCGCCGACGCCGAGAAAGUGGCUCCGCUCCUGGAAACGCUGCAAUGCUUCGACCUCAGCGUCUACCGCACCGGACGCCUCGAAAAGCAUUUGGAUUCGGCGCUGGAGCAGCUGCAGGAGGUGAUGGAGAAGCACACGGAGGGAGCGGUGCUGGAGGCGGCGUCGCGGGCGCUCCACGCGCUCUGCGAUCCCCAAGUGGCGCUGAGCGGCCGCGCCCAAACGGCCAGGGGGCGGCUGGCGGACCGGCUGGCCGACAAGUGCCACCGGGAGGUGACAGACCUGCUCCAGGCCGUGUCCCUGGAGGAGGAGGAGCUGUACAGUAUGGCCGCCACACUGCGCCGCAUCGCCGUCCUCUUCACUGCCCACGAUCUGACUCCGUGGCAGCUUGAGCCGUGUGUGCGGCUGCUGCGCCGCGCGGUGGCGACGGGAGAGGUUCCCCCACAGGUCCUCGUUCCCACCAUCUCCUGUCUGACCUUCCAUAUCCUCUGGGAUCUCUCCCACCUGCCGAGCACCGACGUCCCCGAGGAGCCGCUGCAGCGCCUUCGCUCGCGCUCCACCUCCUUCGUCUCGCUGUGCCAGAGCUGCCUGCUGGACGCGGACGGCCGGCGUGCGGGAAACAGUCGCCUGCGCGCCGCCAUGCUGCCAACAUGGCGGCCUUCGUGGCGCUCGCCGACCUCCUGGUGGUGUUGGGCCCGCGGAUGGCGCAGGACGGCGCGAGGCGCUGGCGCGCUGGUGCUGCUGCCGGACACGGAGCUGCAGGCCCAACUCGCCGCCUUCCUCAUGGAUCACGUCUUCAACGACGGCGGCGAAACGGCGCCCGAGGACGAGAGCGAGAGCCGCAUCGCCGAACUGCACCAGCGCCGCGUCCUCCUCGCCGCCUUCUGCAAACUCUUCCUCUACGGUGGCCUCGAGCUCCGCGCCGCCUCCGACGUCUUCAAACACUACGGAAAGUUCUACAACGACUAUGGGGACAUCAUCCGGGAGACGAUGAACUGUGUGCGUCAGAUCGACCGCCAGGAGUGGGCACAGACCCUCCUCCUCAGCCUCCAGCAGCUGAUGUCGGAGCUGCUGCUGACUGAAGGCCCCGAGAUCCGCGCGUCCGAGGGCUUCCGGGAGAUCCGGGACCUGGCGCGGCGCUUCUCGCUCUUUCUUCAGUCCCCACUCCGUCCACCACCGCCCGGGAGCUGCUCCGUCUCCACCGGUCAGGGGGGCUGCGGCCUCCGUUUGGGGGUUCCGGGGGAGGGGGUGCGCUUCGCUGUGGGCCCCCCGGGACAGGCGGUGGUUCCCCCGACUUUGCCGUUCCUGGAGGUGCUCAGCGAGUUCUCGCCCCGACUGCUGCCCCCCGACCCGCGCCUACCUGGGGGUCCCGGCGCCCCCAGGUUGGCGUUGGUGGAGCGGCUGUGCCGCGAGCGCUGGUCGGGAGGUGGCGACGGCGCCGCGUGGACCCCCAUCGCCGCGUACCGGCAGUCACUGCGGCCCCCGGGAGAGGACCCCGCGAACCCCGCGAACCCCACGAACCCCACGAACCCCGCGAACCCCGCCAAGAGGCCCCGGCGCCACGGUGAGGGACCCCAAAACUGA